CCAGUCAUUUUAGUGACAUGAGGGACUGUCGGUUAUUGCUGUCAUCAUAACAAGGCAACUACUUAAAAACAGAAACAAACGGUUUGAAAAGUGUGGAUACCAGAGAACAUAACUUCUGGAAUAUAAUUUAAACUGUCCGUUGAUCCGGUCUACAAAUGAGCAACUGCAUACAUCAUUGCUGAGGUCCGGUCGCCUGAUGGGAGAGCACUGAUCAACUCAUCAUCCUCAGCCCUGUGGAUACCAGAGGCCGUCAAGGARCGAGAGAGAGAGAGGCUUUGUCUCCUCCUCCCUCCGUCCCCCUGUCCGCCUCACUUCACCACCCCAUUUCCUGCUUGAGUUGGUCCCCCUUAGCGUUUCAAAACUGUUUCUCCAACGCUUUUUCCAAAAACUCAGACUGUUUUCCAAAGCAGAAGCAGCGCCACAGCCCUCCCACCAGAACGAGGUGAUGGGAAGUGUGCGAGCCAACCGCUACAGCAUAGUGUCAACCGAGGAGCACGGCAUGAAGUUGGCCACUGUGGCAGUGCCCAACGGGUAUGGCAAGGGCAAGGUGCACACGAGGCACCAGCCCCAGAGCCGCUUUGUCAAGAAGGACGGUCACUGCAACGUGCAGUUCAUCAAUGUCUCUGAGAAGGGCCAGCGUUAUCUCGCCGACAUCUUUACGACCUGUGUGGACAUCCGCUGGCGGUGGAUGUUCGUCAUCUUCUGCCUAGCGUUCCUCCUGUCGUGGCUGUUCUUCGGCUGUGUCUUCUGGCUGGUCGCCAUCUUCCACGGGGACCUGGAGAACGACGCCCAGAAGUGCGUCUCCAACGUUAGUAGUUUUACCGCAGCCUUCCUCUUCUCCAUCGAGACCCAGACCACCAUCGGCUAUGGCUACCGCUAUGUAACCGACGAGUGUCCUGUGGCGGUCUUCAUGGUGGUCUUCCAGAGCAUUGUGGGCUGUAUCAUUGACGCCUUCAUCAUCGGCGCCGUCAUGGCCAAGAUGGCCAAGCCCAAGAAGAGGAACGAGACGCUGGUGUUCAGCCACAACGCUACAGUGGCCAUGAGGGACAACAAGCUGUGUCUAAUGUGGCGCGUGGGGAACCUGAGGAAAAGCCACCUUGUGGAGGCCCACGUUCGGGCACAGCUCCUCAAGUCGCGCACCACUGCAGAGGGGGAGUUCAUCCCUCUGGACCAAGUGGACAUCGACGUGGGCUUCGACAGCGGAGUCGACCGUAUCUUCCUGGUGUCCCCCAUCACCAUCGUCCACGAGAUCAGCGAGGACAGCCCAUUCUAUGACAUGAGCAAGCAACAGCUGGAGACGUCCGAGUUUGAGAUCGUGGUGAUCCUGGAGGGGAUGGUGGAGGCCACGGCCAUGACCACCCAGUGCCGCAGCUCCUACCUGGCCAGCGAGAUCCUCUGGGGCCACCGCUUUGACCCAGUGCUCUUCGAGGAGAAGAGCUACUACAAGGUGGACUACUCUCGCUUUCAUAAGACUUACGAGGUGCCCAGCACUCCGCUGUGCAGUGCCAGAGACCUGGCAGAGAAAAAAUACAUCCUGUCCAGCUCCAACUCCUUCUGUUACGAGAACGAGGUGGCGCUGACUAACAAAGAGGAGACGGACGAGGGGAACGGGGGUAGCGUGGGCCCAGACGUAACUCACACAGACAAUAUCUCAGACUCUGCACAUCACCAGGCCACUGUGCCACUAGAGCCCAGGCCCCUGAGGCGAGAAUCUGAAAUAUAACUGUGCAGAAACUUCAAACCACCUCACAGAGAAGAAGUUUCUGAUUCUAGAAUCACGUCUUGUUGUUCUAAAAGGCACAUUGAGCUGAGCUGGGCCUUGUGUAAAGGACAGAUUCAUGCCGACGGUACUGCUGUGGGAACGGGGUAGCCGGGGACUUGUAUGUAAUAGUUUCUUAAAACAAUGACGUAUAACAUUGGAAGGGAUGUUAGAUAUAAUGACUUGAAAUUAGCAGGCAUGUCUCUGUGUAUCUGUCCAGCAAAUAAUGAACAAGAUGGUUUUAAGAACUGUAGUUUUGAUUUCUAUUCACUGCCCUUUAGUUGAAAAGAAAAAUGCUGCUAUAUGCAAAUUCUCUACUUUCUCGUUUCAGAGAAACUGGGGGAAAACAUACAAAGAUGUCCACCCAUAGAGUAAGAGAAACAUUUUGAAAGUUCUGCUCUUUCAGAGUGAAAACCAAAUACGUUUGUAUUUAGCUAAUUUGCACUUUUUAAUUGAUCAUGGGCAACCAUCUCUAAAGUACUAUAAAGUUAUUUAAUGUUUAUCCAAACAAUUAAGCUGCAAUUCAGCCCUUUUUCCUUAUAAUGAGAUUGGAAUUUAUCACCAAUUUUCCAGUGAAUGCACAACUGAUUUUGCCUUUGACUAGAGCCUCAUGUUGCAGUGAACUGGGCGAUCUUUGAAGGCUUUAGUGAAUUGCAUCAAAGGAAAUGUAGCUCAAUGUAGCUUUAACCUAUUGGAGAAAAUACUAUGCAGCUGUUGUAAAGUAGCGGAACAAAUCCCCCCCCCAAAAAAACUAGAUUAUCAAUUUGAUACCUUUUAAUAUGAACUGCUACUUCAAUACAGUACUUAUCCAAAGCAGAUAUUUGAACCUGUAUGGACUUUUGUUAUUUGAGCUGGUCUCAUAACAGACAUACAACAUAACAUACUGUACAUGAAAGGGCCGUUCAAUGCUGGUCAAUUCAAUAGAAACAUGCCUCUUUUCUGUUUUGUGUGAAGGAAAUGAGCAGGGUGGUAUUAGUAUUGAAAUUUAGCAUAACUGAAUUAACGCCUACAAGACAAGGGGGAGUGAAAAUGAGCAUACAAAUGUUCUCAAAAAGUGCUGCUACGUUGUUGCAUUUUGUAGGGUUUGAUAACAGAAGAAGCCAAAGAGUAUUAUUAUCAUCAUAAUAAUUGUUGAGUGUCRCAUCCAUUUGUUAAUGGUAGAAGUAGAGCAUUUUUCGAAAGAAAAAAAAAUGUAGAGGAAAUAUUUAUUUUCAAACACUCCCUUUAGAAGUGUUCAUAGCACUUAAUUGGAACCCAUUCAGCAUACGACUUAAUCAAUCUCACUGUGAUACAGUUAUGAUACGCAAAGUUAUGUGGCUCUUAUGAUGAGAGGCUUUCAGUAGUAACAAGUGUUACCGUCAUUUUCAUAUUCAAAGCCAAAGAUAUAAGCCAGACUAGACUAGAUCAGCAACAUGUUUUAACUGUUUUUUUUAGGUGUUAGCACAUGCUCAGAAAAUAACUCAAGUACAGUGUUACAAUAGUUAUUUUUCAGUAAAAAAUAUGUUUAAGCAAAACAACAAAACAUCAGUUUCGUCUUAGUACUUUAGUCAUCCACAAUUCUGCCAUCACAAAAAGAGAAUAUCUUCUCCUAAAGUCUCUUUAAAUAAGGAGACUAUAAAAUACAAUGCAUCUACCCCUCUAUCAUACCCUAUGUCUUUGCUGUUCAUGAACGUGUACUUAUAUCCAGAGUAUGCCUAAGGAUUACCAUGCCUUGGUAUCAAAUAUUAUUUUAUUUUUCAUUUUAAGUUGUUUGUUGUUUUACUUGGGAAUCUUGGAUUGGAAAACAUGGUUUAAACUAAGCCAACAGUACUGUAACCUAGGCAUAUUAAUAAGAUCUAUUGAAAGCCUAUAGAGUUUGCAUUAUGGCAAAUCUAUCUCCUAUUUCUUUGACUGAAGGCCAUUCGGCUAAAAUGUUCCUUUUCUUGUACAUAGACCCCCUCCCUCCCUGUUGCAGUCAUUUUGUAUCAGAGUCUUCCAGCUGUACUGCAAAACAAUGGAAUGUACAGAUUUUAUAUUAUUAAUAAUAUUAUUAUUAUUGUACAUGCUAUUAUAUUGUUACUUUUUUCAAUAAAACCUCAAUGAAUGAUCAAA